GGUUAAUGACAUGAAAAGUCAAAUGGCUUCUGUUUAUUAAUGUCAAUGCGGCUAAAAUAGUAAAUAAGUCAUUUUUAACACAUCUUCCACAAAUAUAUUUCUUUAUACAAACUAGCCUCUAGUUUAUUCUGUUUACUCCACAUCUCAAAGUUUUGGAACCAUCAGCAUGUUAGAAGACAAGAUUUUAAAAGGCUUGGAAGACAUUGGGUAUUCUGGUCCUCUUUGUAAAUAUUCUGAUCUUCAUGAUGCAUGUGAAAUUGGACCAAAAGAUAAAUCGUAUACCAAACUAGUUCAAUUUCUCUCAAAUGAAAUUCGAAUUCUGCUUAGUAUUGAUGAAGAAGUGAAUGAGAUAACAUCGCCUGAAGAUUCGGUGGCUUUUGUGAUGGAGGUUACAUCAUUUUUAAAGGAAUUAAAUUGUCCUUAUAAAUGUUUAACACAUGGCUUAGUGUCGGAGAGACUUCAAAACUAUGCAGAAAAGGUUCUUUUGGUAGAUUAUUUGGUUACUGAGUUAAUGGGGGCCAGGAUGCUGCAAGAUCGAAAGCCUGAUAAAAAAAUAGAACUGAAACUGCAAGAAACACCAGAAGGGGCUGAUAUGCGCCUAAUACUACAGACUUUACGUUUUCCUAAACCACCACCGAAUAUUACUGUAAAACAGUUAUUUGAUAAGCUUGUAACCACGAUUCCCUUGGCUUUGAAGAAAGCUGGUGCUGAUCUGAUAGGGAAAGGCAUUUUCAAUGGUUUCCUAUCUGAUGAGCAAUGGGGAAUUUUGAAAGGUGUUCAAAGCGAUUUAAAUAAUGAAUACAAAAUUAGAAGGGAGAUGAUGCUGACCAGGCUCGAUGUCACCAUUCAGUCUUUUCAGUGGUCGAAUAGAACGCAAGGCAAAGAAGCAGUAUUUGAAAAAAUAUAUCAUGAUAAUAGGAAAUUGCUGCAUACCCAACCUGGCGUAGACAUAUCUGACUUGAUUGCCGCUAGAACUGAUAUUGCUGUAAUUGAAAAAACCAGUAAUGCCUCCGUUCGGAAGAACACAAAGACUCCGUUGAAUAAAGUUAUUAUUGGACAGGUACCCGAUAGGGGAGGCCGCAGCUGGGAACAAGCCCCCCCGCCACCAGAAAUGCCUUCGUGGCAGCAAAAUCGUUCUACAGUGGGUGGGGCGCCCACCAGAGGCGGAGGUAGUGGACGGGGCGGUCCACCGCGCGGAAAUAGUGGGUAUAGAGGUGAAGGUCGAGGUCGAGGUGGUUAUUCAGCUAGAGGAGAUUUUGACAGUCAACGACGUUAUGGAGGAAACAGCUCUUUUGAAAGUAGGGGGCACAAUCCAAUAAGCACCAGAGGAGGUCACAACUAUUAUGACAAUCGCGGUGGUCACACUAGUUAUGAUAACUUCGCUAGCCGAGGUGGUCACGAUAAUUACAGCUAUAAUCGUCGUGAUAGCGGCGGCUAUGCGGGCCAGGAUUUCCAACAGAGUAAAAGGCCAAAGACUUACGAUAACUUUCAAGCUAUCAAAACGACUUAUGCUGACCAAUAUGUGCAAGACAACCAACAUAAUCAGCAGUACCAAAGGGGUGGUCGUGGUGGCUACUCAAGAGGUCGAUCCACUUAUCAUAGAGGCAGCGGAAGCUCAUACAGAUAAAUAAUUCGUUUGGUUUGGGUUGUUUAGGACUAAUAAAAAAGGCUUUAUUGAAUUGUAAAUUGUUGCUGAUCGGUCGAUCUGGAUUUUAUAGGGCUGCAAUUUCCUUUUACAGUGUUUCUAAAUAUGGCGUUCAUGUGAAAGUGUGGACUUUUAAAUUGAUUUUCUAUUAAUUGCAGUUUAAAUAAAUUACUUUAGUUACGGGAUUACAGUGUAAUACAGAAACAGCUUUCCUUCGCUAAAGUUAUUUGGUAAAUAUGUAAAAAAAUUGUGAUUAUUAGAACCAUAUCCCCACUUUUUACAUGUUUUUUUUCACCAAUGGCCAAUAAGUUUCUUUAUACAGUUCCACUUUGGAUUUGGAUUUUUUACGAUGCGUUUAAUAAAAGUCGGCUCAUGAAUGGAGAGAACAUUUUAGAAAUUCUUCAAGAAAUAAGAUUUUACACAAUCGAAACUUGUGGUUGAUAUUUAAAGAAAUUGAGAAGCUGAAAGUUAUUUUUUUUUAAUCACCCACCAUUAACUAAAUCUUCACAUGCUUGUUUAUAGGAUAUUUGAGUUUUUAAUAGAAGGCUUUAAAAAUUCCCCAUUUUGCACUUAGACCAUGUUUAGAAACACUCUAGAUUGUUAAGUUUGAAAUUGCAGCAUUGUAUUAAGCUACUCCGUUUGUUUAAUUAUAUUGCUUUUUAUUGUGGCAUCUAACAUAUCCAACUAAAGUUAUGCAUUUGUCAUUCCUUGAAACAUUUUGUUGAAUUCGUUGCACAUUUAAAUGAACUUCAAUAUUUCAAAUGUUUCCUACCAAAGUCAGUUUCAUUUUAAGCAUUUAUUUAUUUCUAUUUAUGCAAAAGUUGCAAUUGAAUUAAUUCGGCUCUGCCUUUUUAAAUUUCCUUAAAACAAUGUAUAACAUUAGCGAAGCUCUAUCUGAUUUUCUCUCAGAUUCUUCAUGGACUUGGUUUCGAUGCUCUAUUUUUAUCUAUUUCUCAGUCUUGCCUAACUUUUGUAAUGCGUAGUAAAUUGGUUCGUUCGUCUUUAUCAAUUAUUAAGGUCCAUAAAAGUCAGUUUUGUGUAAAUACGUGCAUAUACAUUUGAAUAUGUUACCGUAACUGUCUCUGGAUUGGUAUUGUUAGGUUUUCUUGGUAAGUGUUUUGUUUAAGGAAAUUACUCGAUAUUUAAAAUAGAACGCUGAAUUAACUAUCGCCGCGUAAUUAGACAUGAGUAAAUUAACUAUUAUACUUGGUGAAUAUAUUGCAAACUUUUGAUUU